AUUUAUUUCAACACAUAUAUACACAAGUCAUGUGGUUGUUUAUCUAUUUUUAAAGGUGCACAUGUUGAAAGAGUCUCGUACAGAAAAUGGAGAAGCCACAAAAAGGAAAAUAUGAAUUUGGACCGAUAACAGAAAAGGACGUUGUUGUAAGUAUCAAGCAACCUGGGAAUGCCGAUACUGAAGUCCUCAUUGUGGAGGAGCAAGAUAUAAGACUCUCCUUCCAAAAGAAAGGGAUGGUUCCUGAUCCUAGAAUUCUUAUUCCGGCGUUUCAAGAAAUGGAGUGUUAUGAUGACGAUAUAUUUAUUUGUGCUUAUCCAAAAUGUGGUACACAUUGGGUAUGGGAGAUGUGUCAGAUGAUCAUAAAAGGUAAAGCUGAAUAUCACUCAAAAGCUAAAGAAUCGUGUAUGGUUGAAUUUCAUCUGCCUGAGGAGUACAAAGAUGAGCCACGUCCCAGAGUUUUCAACACCCACUUUACACCAGUGUGUCUUCCAAAACAAGCAGUUGAAAAGAAAUCCAAGAUCAUUUUACUUCAUAGAAAUCCAAAGGACAUUGUUACAUCCCUGUAUCAUCAUAUGGUUAAGUUCAAUAUGGACGGUGGAACAACAUGGAAUCAGUUUCUGCAAUAUAUCCUCCAUAAUGAUCGGGAGGUGAGUUCGAAUUGGUUCUUUUAUAACAAGAAAUGGGCAGAGUUUACAGCAUCUAACGACCUUGAUGUAUUAGUAAUGAAUUACGAAGACCUUAAAAUAGAUACAGUAUCCUGUCUUUCAAAACUAGCGGAUUUCAUAGGAUAUCCAAGAGAUGAAAAGAUGUUACAAGAAAUAAGUGAAAAAUGCACAGUGACUAAAAUGAGAGACGCAGAAAAGGAGAGAGACAGUGGAACAGUGGUUGCCAGUUCAGAACAAAUAUCAUAUUUAUAUAGAAAAGGUGUUGUUGGCGAUUGGAAAAACCAGUUUACUGUUGCUGAAAAUGAACUAUUUGAUGCUCAUCUCAAGGAAAAAAUGAACGGAGACCAUUUAAAUUUUAAAUAUGAAAUUUGAACUAUAUUACAGCCGGUUUCUUGUGUUUUUUUCUGGCGUUUCUAUACAGCUGAUCACCUGAUUCAUUUAGUUUUAAACAUAGUAUAUCUAGUGAUAUACAACAGUUAUACAUAAAUCAUUUUUUUAUACAAAAAAACGCACAUCACAAGAAUUAAGCAUCAAAGUGCAAUUUUACAUGUGCUGAAUAUUAAAUAUCGGGUUGAAAAUAUAAUCUUAUUAGACUAAAGAUUUACAUAUGUUCAGUAAAAUUGGACUGCCUGUUCAACGUAUGGCAAUCAUUUCAAAACUCUAUUUAAGGCGGGUAAAUUGACAGGUUAGCAAAUAACUAGUAUGUUAACUUAUUUCUAAUGGUUGUGUUAUGUUAUAUCUCAUAGGUCACUUCACGUAAUGUCAGAGUAUUCUAUAAGAUUUGGAUAUUCUGGCAAUCUCUGCACGAUCAAAUAAAUUAGUUAAAACAACACUGAUGAUAAGGACAGUAAGUGGUGCUAGGUGUUUGAUUCAGAUGGGACAGACAGUCACAAUGUGCAACCCCAACCCCUACCCCCAUCUGAAUGAAAGAUAUUUCUUUAUUUCAAAUCAUAAAUUCGAUUUUCAAUUUAUAUUCAAUUUCUGCAUCUACGCCUCCCCCUCCUUUCAAAAACCCUGUACUCGCCUCUUGGUGCCCGUCACUUUCAGACUUUGAUACUAAUUAAAAUAUUGAUUUGACUGUAACGAUAUCAGGAGUCUUUUUGUUUAUACAGUUCACAUGCAAUGGUGAGGAAAAGGUUUUCAGUUAUCGUUUCUUGCUCUAGGAUGUGGCCAUGAUGUUUAGAACACCUAUGUAUAUUACAAAGGAUACUAGGGCCGUUUUGCUAUCUAGCUGUGUCGUUUGCUAUCUAGCUGUGUCGAUAUCAUUUGAUGUUAUUGAUCAGGCCACACUUAAAAAUAUUUUGGUUUGCCCAAACCCUACCCAAAGGUUGAGACAGUGGGUAGGUAGGUAGGCAUUUUCAUCUUUUUUUUUCAAAAAAAGAAAUUGAAGUAUCAGAUGUUUAUUAGUCUUCAUGCCUAUUUGAUUAAAAAAAAAACUUCUUCAAAUCAGGACAAUAAAAGAAUUUGAGUAGGCAGCUUUUUUCUGGGUAGGUAGCGUUUGGGCAAACAAACCUAUUUUUUUAUUAUGGCCUCAUACAGUAUCUUAAUGAAUAUAAUAGCAUGAUAAAAGCAGACACAAAUCAAUAUUUAACAGUAUACCGUCCAUAUAGUGCCUUAUAGUACAUAGUGCUAUAUUUAAACAGAACAUUCCUAUAAUUUGACUUUUGGUUGGCAUGGUAUCAGGAGCUUU